AUGUCCGAGCUUCCGGAGCUCUCAAGGUCGCUUGAGGUGCGAGGCUCAUUGCGCCGGCAGUCAUCUUAUCGUCCUUCAAACAGUCAAACAGGUCCUAUUAAGCUCCCAAUUCCACCCCACUUGGUGAAAUUACUUGAAAGAACACCCGAGGAAGAACAACGUUUAGUAGCUGCCAAAGCGAUUCUGAUGGAUGAACCGGCACUACGGAAUGAACAAAAUUUGGACCUUGUGUAUAGCUGGAUGGUCGAUAAGUGCAAGCAGUACAGUAACAACAUUUUUGGAGCAGCACCGGAAUAUAUUCGUCGUGAAAUCUGCCGUCAGAUGCGACUUAUUAAAAUGAGAAGCGGAGGAGUUAUCAUUCGUCAAGGCGAUACUGGUGACCGAUGUUAUAUCGUUGUGGACGGACUCGUGGAUGUGUAUGUAAAAGUUGAAAAGCCGGGUAAUGUCGAAGUGACUCUAGCUCCGAUCCCUCCAAUGCUAUCGAUGACAAAGCAAAGGCGAACAACAAGACGUUUGAGUAUCGAUGUCAACUUAGCACAAGUAGAUUUUGGUGCUAUGGUCGCGAGUCUCGGGCCAGGAGCUAUGUUUGGCGAAAUAGUGUUGUUAAAUCCGUCAGCAAAGCGCAAUGCUACUAUCAAAGCUUCACACUUCACGGAAAGGUGCGAGUUGAUUUGCCUAGAACGGGCGGAUUAUAUACGGUUGGUUCGUACGGCGUCAAUGGAGGCUUCUCAUUACAACAAUGCCGAGGUCCUCGAUCGAAUGUUUCUUUUCAAAAACUGGGCAAAGCUUGAAAAAAUGCGUCUUGUAAGCUCAAUGAGGUCCCGCCACUUUACCAGCAAUGAAUAUCUUUAUCGAGCUGGCACAGAUGCAAAGUGGAUGUUUAUCAUAACUUCAGGCGAAGUCAUGGAGCGCAUCAAUUGGAGUUUCGACACAGCGGGGGGUGAUGUUUUCAUGCGACGCCUUCACCUACCACAAGCUUCUUCAAGAAAUAAUCCUGAAACAGUCGUGAACAUUGAGUUGACUUUAAUUGGUGCUGGAGAUAUUGCUGGAGAGUUACCACUUGUCACUUCAAAGCGUGGAGCAAUCUUCGAUAUCAAAGCUGUGACAGAAGUGCAGGCGCUGGCGAUUGACCGACGUUAUUAUGAAAAUGUCAUGCUUACUGCAACACGUGAGAACAAACCUGAAAUAUAUGCUACGGUGAAGAAGCUGCGCCGAUUUAGCAGAGAUCGCGAAGAUUGGCGUCAGCAGCGAAUGGAAUGUGGUAUCUCUUAUCCGAAAGCUCAUGUCAAUAUCACUUGGCACUUGAUGCGUAUGUCGAAUAUUUGUUGUCCAAGAUGUGGACAGAGAGGUCAUUUGGCUACAGACCUUUCCAAGUGUGAUUAUGUUCUACCUCGUCAGUCGCAAACAGUAAGCAAGAAUGAGGGUGCCGAUGCAAAACAUGCAGCCCUUAAUGCACGAAAAUGUUUGACGGCAAGACAAUCUCGUCGAGUCCACAGGAUGAACCAGAGCAGCCAGCCAAAUACAGCACGUCCUCACUCUGCUCUUCGUAAUCUUUACGAUGAAAAAUAUCUCCCUUCCAAGAAAGAACAACUAGAACAAUGUAGAGAUCGCAUGUUAUGA